CCAGCCAGCUUUCCAGAGAGCAUGACCCUGAAGAGAGCUUUACAAGAUGGGUAUCGGCAUCCAGCUGGCGUUGUUGAUGUGGAAGAACUUCACGUAUCGGCGUAGGCAGACGGUCCAGCUAAUUGUGGAAGUCCUGUGGCCCCUCUUCUUAUUUUUCAUCCUCAUCUCGGUGCGGCGCUCUCACCCGCCUUUUGAGCAGCAUGAAUGUCACUUUCCAAACAAAGCCUUACCGUCCGCUGGGACUUUGUCGUGGAUUCAGGGCAUCAUCUGUAACGUGAAUAACCCCUGCUUCCGGUACCCGACCACCGGAGAAACGCCAGGCUUGGUGGGGAACUUCGAUCAUUCCAUCCUCUUUCGCCUGUUUGCGGACGCCCAGAAGAUCCUCCUCCAUGUGAAUAACGGGCAGGUGAAGGGCAGUUUCUCCCAGCUUCUGUCUGCUUUGCAACAGCUCAGUGGCAAUGGAAACCUGUGGGCAGCGGUUCCGGUCAGGGCCUACUUGAGAGAAAAUGAGACUUUCUCUCAGUUCCUUGAGGUGAACGCCUCCCUCCCACCCGCCUCGGUGGAGGACCUGCUUGGGGCGGAGCUCAGCCCACGUGUGUUCUCUCGCACUGGCUUGUCCUUAAAAGAGAUUGUUUGCAGCCGGUCGAUUCUCGCAGAGUUUCUGGCGGUGAAGGGAGCUGGGGCUGCUGAGGACCUGCAGAAGAGGCUGUGUGCUUUACCUCCACCCACUCUCCAGGCCUUGGAGCGCAGCUUCAUCUCUCAGGCAGACUGGGUCAAAAUAUUUGCAGAGCGUUUGAAGUCUGGAUCAGCUGACACAACAGACGGUGCAGAGUUGCUGUACAUUGUUCUUCGAGACACCUCAUUGUUAGCAAAGGAGGUCUCCAACAUGACCAGCUUUGGGGAAUUCCGUGAGGCCAUGCGGAAUCUGUCCGAGGGUGCCAUUGCCUCUUCUCCUCAAGGAGCAUUUGAGACGGUGUCCCAGGUUGUGUGCGGUCACCCGGAAGGGGGUGACAUGAAGAUCCCCUCCCUCAACUGGUACGAAGACCACGACAUCAAGAGCUUUCUCAGCCGCAACGGAUCUGAGCAGAAGUCGGUCUCCUUGGACAACGCCACGAGCCCCUACUGCAAAGAUUUGAUCCGGAGCUUGGAAUCCAACCCGUUCUCCCGCAUUUUAUGGCAGGGCAUCAAACCCUUGUUUGUCGGCAAAAUUUUGUACACCCCUCCUACGCCUGCCACGCAGAAGGUCAUGGCUGAGGUGAACCGGACUUUCCAGAACCUGGCCGUUUUACGUGAAGUGCGAGGAGCCUGGCAGGACCUGGGGCCGCAGAUCUACACCUUCAUGAACGCCAGCCCUGAAGUGUCCGUGAUUCAGAACCUUUUGGAAAGCCCUGGGGUGACCCAAUACCUGGAGCAGCGCCUCAGCGGAACAUUCUGGAAUGUGUCAACCUUGAGGGACUUUCUGUCAGCGGACUCAGGAGGCCAGACCUACACUUGGCGUAAUGCCUAUGCUGAAGUGGAUGAGAUCAUUGGCACCUUGUCCCGGUUUAUUGAGUGUGUCUCGCUGGACAAGAUCGAGGCGGUGUCGACUGAAGAGCGUCUCAUCUCCCGAGCCAUGCGGCUGCUGGAGGACCGCCAGUUCUGGGCCGGAGUUGUGUUCCUACCGCCAGAGAACCAAAGCGAGCUUGGUCCAGACUUGCCAGCCCGUGUCCGUCUCAAGAUCCGCAUGGACAUCGACGACGUCACCCGCACCAACAAGAUCAAGGACAGGUUUUGGGACCCAGGACCCGCUGCUGAUCCCUUUGAAGACUUGCGUUAUGUCUGGGGCGGCUUCGUCUAUGUGCAGGACCUCGUGGAACAGGCGGUGGUGCGGGUUCUCUCUGGGAUGCCGUCGCUGCGUCGCACGGGCAUCUAUGUGCAGCAGAUGCCCUACCCCUGCUUUGUGGAUGAUGUCUUCCUGCGUGUCUUAAACCGCUCCCUGCCCCUCUUCAUGACGCUGGCUUGGAUCUACUCCGUAGCCAUGAUCAUCAAAGGCGUGGUGCACGAGAAGGAAGCUCGCCUGAAAGAGACCAUGAAGAUCAUGGGGCUGAAGAGCGCCACCCUCUGGCUCAGCUGGUUCCUCAGCAGCUUCAUCCCUUUCCUCAUCAGCGCCUUGCUGCUCGUCCUGAUCCUCAAGCGAGGGGACAUCCUGCCCUACAGUGACCCCACCGUGGUCUUCUUGUUCCUGGCCACCUUUGCCGUGGCCACCAUCUCCCAGUGCUUCCUCAUCAGCACCUUCUUCUCGCGUGCCAACCUGGCCUCAGCUUGUGGAGGCAUCAUCUACUUCUCCUUCUACCUGCCUUACGUGUUGUGUGUGGCUUGGCGCGACCACAUUACUUUUCCUCUGCGGCUCUUGGUGAGCAUCAUGUCCCCAGUGGCGUUCGGCUUCGGCUGCGAGUACUUCUCCCUCUACGAAGAGCAAGGGAUAGGUGUUCAGUGGCACAACCUCCACUCCAGCCCCGUGGAAGGAGAUCGUUACACAUUUGCCACGUCUAUGGGGCUGCUUCUCUUCGAUGCACUGCUCUAUGGCCUGGCCACAUGGUACAUUGAGGGCGUGUUCCCAGGCCAAUAUGGGAUCCCAAAGCCUUGGAAUUUCCCCUUCCAGAAGAGUUACUGGCUUGGGAGGUCCUCCAGCGACGGCUCCCCUCACCCCUUUCCUACAAACUCUCUCAACUCCGCAAAAGCACUGGUGGAGGAGCCUCCUGCCCAUGUACAGGUGGGCGUCUCCAUCCGCAACCUGGUGAAGAUCUACCACAGCAGCAAGAAGAUUGCUGUCAGCGGCCUCAGCCUUGACUUCUACGAGGGCCAGAUCACUUCCUUCUUGGGCCACAACGGCGCCGGCAAGACCACCACCAUGUCCAUCCUGACCGGCCUGCUGACCCCCAGUUCUGGCACCGCCUAUAUCUUGGGGAGGGACAUCUGCUCAGAAAUGGACACCAUCCGGAAGACGUUGGGGAUGUGCCCUCAACACAACGUCCUCUUUGACAUCCUGACUGUGGAAGAACACAUUUGGUUUUAUGGACGUCUGAAGGGCCUCUCUGAAAAGCAAGUCCAGGAGGAGAUGGACCAGAUAAUACAGGACGUGGGGCUGCCCCACAAGCGGUGGGAACAGACCAAGAAUUUAUCAGGUGGAAUGCAACGGAAGCUCUCCGUAGCCAUUGCCUUUGUGGGUGGCUCCAAGGUGGUGAUAUUGGACGAGCCCACAGCCGGCGUUGACCCCUACUCUCGCCGAGGGAUCUGGGAACUGCUGUUGAAAUAUCGUGCAGGCCGCACCGUCCUCCUGUCCACCCACUACAUGGACGAGGCAGACCUGCUCGGUGACCGCGUCGCCAUCAUCUCCCAGGGCCGGCUCUGCUGUUGCGGCUCCUCGCUCUUCCUCAAGACGAAGCUGGGCACGGGCUACUACCUGACCCUGGUGAAGCAAGAGGCCGGUCGGGCUCGCGAGAGGGUGAGCGCCACCAACGGCCUCAUCCCCACCAAUAAAAAGGAGGAUGACAUUUCGGAGAGGAGCAGCGAUACGGGACUGGGGAGCGAACAGAACAGCGAAUCCAGCGCCUGUGAUGUGCCGCGACUCACAACUCUGAUCCAGAAAAUGGUCCCGGGCUCACGGCUGGUGGAGGAUGUCGGCCAGGAGGUCGUCUACGUCCUGCCAUACAGCGGUGCCAAAGGGGGUGCAUUUGGGAACCUGUUUGAGGAACUGGACAGCUGCCUGGGUGAACUCGGCAUCUCUGGCUACGGCAUCUCUGACACCAGCUUGGAGGAGAUCUUCUUGAAGGUGGCUGAGGACACUGGUGUGGAUGCAGAAGGUGCUGCUGAGGCCCCUCCAAGUCUCCCCACGUCCUCCCCGGUCUCUGCUUACACUCUCCGGACCCUCAGCGAGGACACCGAGAUGGCCGAUGCCGAACCGGUCAAAGGACGCAAGAAAGCCGAUGAACCAACAGAGACAGAUCUCUUGCGUGGCGUGGGUGCCCAGGAUUCCUGCCGCCUGACGGGCUGGGCGCUGACCUCCCAGCAGCUGCUUGCCCUCUUCACCAAGAGGUUCCUGUAUGCCCGGCGUAGCACUAGGGGAUUCCUUGCACAAAUCGUGCUUCCUGCCCUCUUCGUCUGCAUCGCAUUGCUCUUCAGCCUGAUUGUCCCGCCCUUUGGCAAAUACCCGCCAUUGCCUCUCACACCCUGGAUGUACGGUCCCCAAAUGACUUUUUUCAGGUAUGGUGUCAGGAAGCUGUCGUGCUCCCACACUCAGAACUUUGUGGUCCCAGAAGUGCCUCUGUCUCUGGUGGAAGUUUUUGAGAAUGGCAACUGGACUCCGAGAGACCCCUCUCCGGGAUGCGAGUGCAGUUCCCAGGCGGCUCGAAAGAUGCUCCCCAACUGCCCCGAAGCAGCUGGAGGGCUGCCGCCACCACAGAUGCAGACAGACACCGGUCACAUCCUGCAGAACCUCACUGGAAGGAACAUUUCGGAUUACCUGGUGAAAACAUACAGCAGAAUUAUUCGCAAAGGGUUAAAAACAAAGAAAUGGGUUAAUGAACAGCGAUACGGUGGAUUCUCUCUGGGGGCCCACAACUCGCAGGCUCUGCCAACCCCUCAAGUGGUGGACACUACUGUGGAGAAGAUCCGUGGCUUUCUCAGAGUCACUAAGGGAAGUUCUCUGGACAGGCUUUUCAGCAACCUUAGUGGCUUCGUUGAUGGACUGGAGUCCUCUGAGAAUGUCAAGGUCUGGUUCAACAACAAGGGAUGGCAUGCCAUGGUGUCUUUCGUCGGCGUGGCCAACAACGGCCUCCUCCGGGCCAGCCUGCCUGCGGGCGCAGACCGUUCGCGCUACGGCAUCACAACAAUUAAUCACCCCCUCAACAUGACCAAAGAGCAGCUCUCAGAGGCGGCCCUGAUGGCCACCUCAGUAGACGUGCUGGUUUCCAUCUGUGUGAUGUUCGCCUUGUCCUUCGUCCCCGCCAGCUUCGUGCUCUUCCUCAUCGAGGAGCGGGUCAGCAACGCCAAGCACCUGCAGAUCGUCAGUGGCAUGAAACCCUGGGUCUAUUGGCUGGGCAACUUUGCCUGGGACAUGUGCAAUUAUCUCAUCCCGGCUGCUCUGGUAGUCCUCAUCUUCAUCUGCUUCCAGCAGAAGUCCUACGUGUCUCCGGAGAACCUCCCAACCCUGAUUCUGCUGCUGCUCCUCUACGGAUGGUCCAUCACACCUCUCAUGUACCCAGCAUCCUUCUUCUUCAGCGUCCCCAGCACGGCUUACGUGGCCCUGACAUGUAUCAACCUCUUCAUUGGCAUCAACGGCAGUGUGGCUACUUUCGUCCUUGAACUCUUUAAGGAUAAGAAACUGAACGACAUCAACAUCAUCCUGAAGAAGGUCUUCCUGGUCUUUCCCCACUUCUGCCUAGGCCGAGGAUUGAUCGACAUGGUGAAGAACCAAGCCAUGGCUGAUGCCUUUGAGAGGUUCGGGGACAUGCAUUUUGUUUCUCCACUCAGCUGGGACCUGGCCGGAAAAAACAUCUUUGCCAUGGCUGUUGAGGGCUUCGUCUUUUUCAUCUUCACCAUCUUGGUGCAGUACAAAUUCUUCCUCCGCUUCCGGCCUUUUCCAGUCAAGCUCCCUCCACUGGCUGAGGAAGAUGAGGACGUGGCCAAAGAACGGAAGAGGGUUAUGAACGGGAUGCACCGGGAAGAUGUUUUGGUGCUCCAGGACCUGACAAAGGUUUACCGGAUGAACAGAAAACCAGCCGUGGAUCGCUUAUGUGUGGGAAUUCCUCCAGGAGAGUGCUUUGGCCUUCUGGGUGUGAACGGCGCCGGGAAGACAACAACUUUCAAAAUGCUGACUGGGGACACAGAGGUGACCAUGGGAGAAGCAUUUCUGAAAGGGUAUAGCGUGCUGACCGAUCUGCAGUCCGUCCACCAAAACAUGGGCUACUGUCCUCAGUUCGACGCCAUUAAUAACCUUCUUACGGGUCGCGAACACCUCCAGUUCUACUGCCGCCUGCGUGGGGUCCCAGACAGCGCAAUUCCCAGGGUGGUUCAGUGGGGGUUAUCCACUCUUGGCCUAACGCAGUAUGCAGACAGACCCGCUGGCCGGUACAGCGGGGGGAACAAGCGCAAGCUGUCCACAGCCAUCGCCCUCAUCGGAGCACCGCCUGUCAUCUUCCUGGAUGAACCAACGACUGGGAUGGAUCCACGAGCCAAGCGUUUCCUGUGGAACUGCAUCCUGGGCGUGAUCAAGGAUGGCAGGUCUGUGGUGCUCACGUCGCACAGCAUGGAGGAGUGUGAGGCGCUCUGUACCAGAAUGGCCAUCAUGGUGAACGGCCGUUUCCGAUGCCUGGGGAGCGUGCAGCACCUGAAGAACAGGUUUGGAGAUGGAUACACGAUCGUGCUCCGGGUCUCUGGGACCGACCCAGAUCUGGGUCCCCUGGAGAAGUUCAUACGGGACUCCUUCCCCAGCAUAGUUCUCAAGGAGAAGCACUACUCCACCCUCCAGUACCAACUGCCAUCCCAUGGCUGUUCCCUGGCCAAGAUCUUUGGCAUCCUCUCGGCUCACCAGGGCACCUACCACAUUGAGGACUACUCCGUCUCCCAAACCACCCUGGACCAGGUGUUUGUACAUUUUGCCAAGGACCAAACCGAUGAAGACCAUCCUCAGGAAGCCCCCUGUGUGGCCAGCCCAACGAACCCCAGCUGCCAUUGGCAAAGGAUCACUGGUUUCUUGGAAGAUAGAAGUGUGCGAGAGAGCCAACCACGAUCUUGCCAGGCUGGAGUAAAUUCGGAGUGCUCGACCACGUGCUUCUGGGAAGGAGCCUCUUUGAUGACACUGAACAGACACAAGGGUCUCUCCCAGGAAGAGGUUUUCCUCGCGAAGCCUCCGGAGGCCAAGAUGCAUUUGGCAUACAGCUGCGAGUGGAAGACAGGGCGGAAGAGAACCCCUGUCCUUCCUUCCCGCUGGUCUUGCCGCAACCUGAUCGCUUUUACCGCAAGAGCGAGGAGGGAAGCAUUCUCAGCGGCCCCCUCUGCCCUGUGUGGUUCUGCAUUCGGGGUCCCCAAACCUUUGGAGCCUGCUGGCAGCUUUGGGGUCCUGAUGUGGCCUGAUGGGUGGAGCCACGAAAGGGAUGCUCUGACGUGGCUGCUGCAGCUUCCAUUCAGUCACGCGGUGGAGAUCCUUGUGCAGCUCUUGGGGCCGCUGCCACCAAAGCCACGUUUCUCCAGAUCUGCACAGCCCGUCGGAAGCCUCGCUGGGCAGAAACCUCACCUGGUCCGGCCUGCUUUAGAAAAACACUUGGUGGGCUUUAAGAAAGGUCCACGCUGGGGACCCCUCCUCUCCUUGUUCUGA